CUCUCUCCUAAGACCGAAAACCGAACACGUCCCCUAAUAUAUCGAGAGAUGCCACCGGCUCUGAACAAGUCGAUCGAUCGCUAAACUGUUAUUGCCACGAUGGAGGCUGUGGCUUCUCCUUUGGGCCUACAAGGUCCUGGCGCGAACGGCUUGUCGCCUUCCCCCUUUGUCAUGGUAGAUCCGGCGUUGGUGGUAGAUUAUUUGGCUUCCGUAGUCACUAUUGCCCUCGGGGCUACCCGCAGUGAGCUAGAGCGGCCCGGCAACCUUCUGUCGAAAGAAAACUACGACGAUACGGUCCAAAGGUGUACUCGCUUUGCGACCGAUGCCCAGGUGGCCCUGUAUAUCCAGAAAGAUGUGAAGCCGUCGGACGAUAUCCCUGAUGGUCCUACCGAUAAUGUUCCAGUCACGUAUACGUACACAAUCGCAUCCGAGAUAUCUUCUUCGCCGACGACGAUAGCCUAUCUCGCACUCCUCAAACGCCCUCAAGCGCUCGAUUCUUCGCUACCGUUAUCAUCGCAGAUCCAGAUACAAACGCUGCCCGGAACCGCCUCGCUUGCUAAUCUCGUUAGUGAACAAGGUCCUACUGCUUCUCCUUUUGAAAUACUUCACUCUAUUCUUCAUAAUGCGCUGGCGCCCUACUUCGAUGCCAAUACCAAGACCUCGCAAACUGCAAAUGGAGCUAGGAACCGGGCGGACGUCGACGCGAAAACGGGAAUUCCUGUAACCAAGAAGCGUAUGACGGAGCUUGAAUUGAGCUUGCUCCAUCUGCAGCAGAAUGUCGAGAUCCCAGAAUUAUCACUCUCCUUUCACCCGAUUGUUCAGGGGGUAUUGGACGACGCUGCUUCACGCAGUAUGCGACCGACUACUGAUAUGAUAGAUGCUAAGCUUCUCUCAGAAAGUACCUUUAUGAAUAACUUGCAGUCGACAGUAAAUAGUUGGAUUAAAUCAAUACAGACUAUCACGAAACUCACCCGAGACCCCGUAACGAGGACGGCGACGCAGGAGAUCAAUUUCUGGUUGUCUAUGGAGUCCGCGUUAGAAGGAAUUGAAGCUCAGCUGAGGAGUGAAGGUGUUACGUUGACUUUAGAGAUCCUGAAGCAUGCAAAGCGUUUCCAGGCGACUGUUAGUUUUACCGCUGAUACUGGCCUGAAGGAGGCUAUGGAGAUGGUUCAGAAGUACAAUCAACUUAUGCGAGAUUUCCCUCUCGAUGAACUACUCUCUGCGACUUCGUUGCCCAAGGUUCAGGACGCCAUUGGCCAAAUCUUCAACCAUAUGAACAAGAAGAUGAGGUUCAGUAAUUACCCCAUAGCGCGAACUUUGCAUUUGGUCGAAGCCAUCUCAGCGGAUCUUGAGGACGUUAUGCAUCGCCUUCUUCCGGGCUCCGAACUAGUCGAUCUGGAUUAUAAGGAUUUUAAAACGCUCAUGACUACUGCUGACGAGAUCUUCAAGUCUUGGGACGCUCAGAUCAAAGACUUCACUAACAUUGCUCGAGAGACGACUCGAAGAAGGCAAGAGAGGUUUAUUCCGAUCAAAGUCAACCCGAAGCAUAACGAGUUACAGGCUCGACUGAAGUAUAUUGAUAACUUCCGAGAUAAUCAUGAGCAGCUGCAGAAGACGAUCAUUAAUGUCCUCGGCCCGAGGACAACUGCCAAUGGUGUUCCCGAAGAGACAACGACCAACGGCGUUGCCCUCGUUGAGGAGAUAGGCGAUGUAGACGCCGUAGAAGAGGUCCAGCAAGCUUGGGAAGCAUUGAAGAAUGUUGAUCUGCUCGAUGUUUCUCCCGAAGGUACCCAACGAUGGGUCAAGGCUGAGAACACUUACAAUGAACGCACCUCGCGGGUAGAAAACUCGAUCAUUGCCAGAUUGCGUGAUCGCCUUGCAACAGCAAAGAAUGCGAAUGAAAUGUUUCGUGUUUUCUCUCAGUUCAACGCUCUCUUCGUGCGACCCAAGAUCCGGGGUGCUAUCGCCGAGUAUCAAAAUCAACUCAUCGAUAAUGUGAAACAAGCCAUCUCGGGGCUUCACGAGCGCUUCAAACAGCAAUAUGGCCACUCAGAGGCCCAUGCUAUGGCUCAGCUACACGAUUUACCACCCGUCUCCGGUGCCAUUAUUUGGGCACGCCAGAUCGAGCGCCAACUUGAUAAUUAUAUGAAGAAGGUCGAGAACAUUCUGGGUACCGACUGGGCCCUUCAUACCGAGGGCCAAAAAUUGCAGACUGAGAGCGAGCUCUUUAGAAAGAAACUGAAUACGCAAGCGAUUUAUAAAGCCUGGAUUGAGGAUGUUCAGCGCAGGCAUAUCUCGAUAUCUGGUCGGCUCUUCAACAUCAAUAAGAUCAGAGCCGCGAACAAUGCGCUAGACCUUUCGGUGAACUUCGAUGCACAAAUCAUCGCGCUAUUUAAAGAGACUCGCAACCUUGGUUGGCAAAACUUCAACGUUCCUCAUGCCGUAAAUAAUACUGCGAAGGAUGCUAAAAGGGUGUACCCGUACGCCGUUAGUUUGAUGGAAAGCGUCAGAACUUUUACUCAGACGACUCGGCAGAUAUCGGAACUACCCGAGGUUUCUAUUCUACUAAGUGGUUACCAGAAUGAAGUUCAUGCCCUGAUCGCCAAGGGCGUACCUUUGAGGUGGGAAACAUUUGUGAACACUUGGGAAUCAUACCAGAAGCCGACGCUCGCUAAUGGCACCCUCGAUCAUACGGUUGGUCGUAGCGGUGAGACCAAGCAUGUCUUAUUUGUCAGGGAAUUUGCUGCGGCUGCUUCUCUUCUUCAGGCAAAAACAGCCACUCUCGCAACCAUACACUUGAAUGUUCAAAAGGCUCUGACAGAGCUAGCCACUUGCCCGUACGAGGCGUCGGAGUUCGAAUCGCGUCUGCAGGUUAUCCAGGCGGCUGUUGAUCAACUAAACCUUGAGCAAUAUGUCAACCUCGGCUUUUGGGUGGAGAGGAUGAAUGAACGGAUCAAGCUGACUCUGCUUACCCGUCUUCAGCAUGCUGUCUCAACGUGGAUUGAGGCAUUUGAAGACGACACUCCUAUCGAUCGAAUCGAGAACAGUCGGAGAAAGCAGCUUGCUGCGUCAGGGGAGCCUCUCAAGUCGGACGCGCCUCUCAUGAAGCACCUGAUCCAUGAAAUCACUAUGAGGAACCAGGUCAUCUACCUUGAUCCACCACUCGAAUUUGCGAGAGCUAGCUGGUUCUUGCACUUGCACAGCUGGAUUGGUAUUGUCUGUAACCUCCCCAAGAUCAAGGCCUCUAGAUACCAAAUGAGCUUGACCUUAAGUACCGUUGUCCAAGAGGAAGCCCGUUUCAACGAUAUUCCUAGUGAUUGUACCGACAUACUUGGUAGAGUUUAUACCUCAGUGGAGACGAAGCUACAGGGUAUUGGUGAGUAUGUUGAUAAAUGGCUUCAGUUCCAAUCUCUUUGGGACUUGCAAUCCGAACAGGUAUACGAACUCUUGGGCGAUGAGCUCUCCAAAUGGCUACAGUUGCUGCAAGAGAUUCGGAAGUCUCGUGCGACAUUCGACACCACCGAAGUUAGCCGUUCAUUUGGUCAUAUUACAAUCGACUAUGAGCAAGUACAGAUGAAGGUCAACUCUAAGUAUGACCAGUGGCAACAGGAGAUAUUGGUGAAAUUUGCUGCGCGGCUUGGAACUCGUAUGAGAGAAGUCAAUGCCGAGAUAGAAAAGGCCCGGAGAGACUUGGAAGGUCAGAGCCUUGAAGCCACGUCCACCGCACAAGCAGUCCAGUUCAUCACGAUCGUCCAAAGCUGUAAGCGUAGAGUCAAGGCUUGGGCUCCUGAAGUCGAGACCUUCCGCCAAGGACAGUCUACCCUCGUCCGAAACCGGUACAAUUUCCCGCACGACUGGGUAGACGUCCAACAGGUCGAUUCAACAUGGGAGGCACUCAACGAACUCUUGAACAGAAAAGCGAAGAUCGUCCAAGACCAGACCGAUGCCCUCAAGGCGAAGAUAGUAGCAGAGGACAAGGUUGUAAUGGAUAAGAUAACAGACAUCGCCACGGAAUGGAACGAUGAGAAACCGGUUUCGGGGACAAUCGCACCUGAUGUUGCGUCCGCAACACUCGCUUCCUUCGAAUCUCGCAUCACGAAACUGCAGGAUGAGUUCGACAUGGUUUCUAAAGCUAAGGAAGCACUUGAUCUCCCAGCCAGUCCCGAAUCGUCUCUUUCAAUUAUCCUAGAAGAGGUCCAGGAUUUCAAAUCCGUAUGGGCUGGCUUAUCAACAAUCUGGAAGAGUUUGAAUGAACUCCGUGAGAUUUUAUGGAGUAGUGUUCAACCUAGGAAAAUCCGAAGUAGCAUUGAUGGUCUCAUCAAGAUGACGAAGGAAAUGCCGAGUAGAAUGCGACAGUAUGCUGCUUUUGAGCAUGUUCAGACCAUUCUCCGUCAGCUUUUGAAGGUGAAUAGUCUACUGAACGACUUAAAGUCAGAGGCUAUUCGAGAUAGACACUGGACUAAGAUAUGGAAAGAGAUUAAACCCGGACGGCGGUAUUCGCCUGUGUCUAUGACACUAGGAGAUGUCUGGGACCUCAACCUUGUCGCCACAGAAGUGAUCGUCCGAGACAUUAUCACCCAAGCUCAGGGUGAAAUGGCACUGGAGGAGUUUUUGAAGCAAGUGAAAGAGACCUGGAACAACUAUCAACUAGAUCUCGUACCCUAUCAGAACAAAUGCCGUCUCAUUCGCGGUUGGGAUGACCUCUUUGCUAAGUGUAGUGAGAAUCUUAACUCUCUACAGGCGAUGAAACAUUCGCCGUACUACAAAGAGUUCGAAGAGGAGGCAUCUUCUUGGGAAGACAAGCUGAAUCGUGUCCAUGUACUGUUCGAUGUUUGGAUCGAUGUCCAACGCCAAUGGGUCUACUUGGAAGGUGUCUUUACCGGAAAUGCCGAUAUCAAACAUCUAUUACCCAUCGAGUCCUCAAGAUUCCAGAACAUCAACAGCGAAUUUAUGACCGUAAUGAAGAAAGUCUACAAGCAGCCGAUGGUAAUGGACGUUUUGGGCAUCACUGGAGUCCAAAAGUCUCUGGAACGUCUUGCUGAGCUACUCAACAAGAUACAGAAGGCACUUGGUGAAUAUCUUGAGAAAGAAAGAGUGUCGUUUCCUCGCUUCUAUUUUGUCGGUGAUGAAGAUCUUCUGGAAAUGAUCGGUAAUAGUAACGACACUUUGCGCAUUGCUAAACACUUCAAAAAGAUGUUUGCCGGCUUGACGGGGCUUGUCAUGGACGAGGAAUCGAUCAUUUCUGGCUUCACCUCCAAGGAGGGUGAAGUUGUACGCCUGAAGAAAGAGAUUUCACUUGUCAAAGUCCCCAAGAUCAAUGAUUGGCUUGCUCUGCUCGAGAACGGCAUGAAAGCUACCCUAGCUGAACUUCUCGCUGAAGCUGUCGAGGUAUAUACACCGAUAUUCGAGUCGGAUGAGAUCAGCCAGAAUGCGAUGAAUGAUUUUAUGAGCAACUUCCCCAGUCAAAUCGUAGUACUUGCUACCCAGGUGGUUUGGACUACAGCAGUUGAGCAGUCGCUGAAUAAUGGAGGCAGCACGCUGCAAUCUCUCUUCGAGCGAGAAGUCGGGGUUUUGAGGCUUCUUGCGGAGACUGUUCUUGGUGACCUAGAGGUAAUACAGAGGAAGAAGUGCGAAGCCCUUAUUACAGAGUGCGUACACCAGCGAGAUGUAAUAGAAAAACUGGUAAAAUUCAACGCAACUACCCCGACACAUUACUUCUGGCUGCUACAGAUGCGAUACGUAUACACCCCUGAAGGGGAUUUCCUACAGCGGCUACUUAUCAGGAUGGCAAAUGCAAAGCUCAACUACGGUUUCGAAUAUCUGGGUGUUCCCGACAGGUUGGUUCGAACUCCUCUUACCGAUCGCUGCUUUGGAACCCUUACCCAAGCUCUUUGUCAACGACUUGGUGGCUCGCCUUACGGACCUGCCGGUACUGGAAAGACAGAAUCAGUCAAAGCACUUGGUGUUCAGUUGGGUCGCUUCACUCUUGUGUUUUGCUGUGACGACACCUUUGAUUUCCAGGCAAUGGGUAGAAUUUUCCUCGGUAUUUGCCAAGUUGGAGCUUGGGGCUGUUUCGACGAGUUUAAUCGUCUGGAGGAGAGGAUUCUCUCUGCCGUCUCACAGCAGAUUCAGAACAUUCAGCUCGGUCUCAAGCAAGGUGUCGAAGAUGAUAAGGCUCAGAUCGAACUAGUUGGGCGGCAGCUUCAUGUCAACGCUAAUACGGGUAUCUUCAUUACCAUGAACCCUGGCUAUGCCGGCCGUUCCAACUUGCCCGAUAACUUGAAGAAGCUAUUCCGCAGUGUCGCCAUGUCGAAACCGGAUAAAGAACUUAUUGCCGAAGUCAUGCUUUACUCCCAAGGAUUCAAUCAAGCGAAGCAACUCUCGAAACAGACAGUUCCAUUCUUUGACCAGUGUUCAGCAAGGCUGUCUAAGCAAGCGCACUACGAUUUUGGUCUGCGUGCCCUGAAAAGUGUCCUUGUCAGUUCUGGUGGCCUCAAACGUGCCCGACUCACUAGCAGUGAAGGCGGCAUUGGUGCUGAGGAAGUUGUGGAACCUGAGAUUAUUGUGCAGAGUGUCCGAGAAACUAUCGCCCCGAAGCUGAUCCGAAACGAUGUUGAGAUCAUGAUGUCUAUUGAAAGCGAAUGCUUCCCUGGUGUCCAGUAUGUCCCGGCCAAUCUGGUAGAACUAGAGGCUGCAAUUCGUCGCCUAGCAGCGGAGAGACACCUCGUGGUCAACGAUAUUUGGAUGACCAAGGUUCUGCAGCUUUACCAAAUUCAAAAUAUCCACCAUGGUGUAAUGAUGGUAGGCAACUCGGGAACCGGAAAAUCUGCCGCAUGGAGGCUCCUUUUAGACGCGCUCCAGCAAGUUGAGAGUGUUGAAGGCGUCUCUCAUGUCAUUGACUCGAAGGUUAUGUCGAAGGAGGCUUUAUACGGAAACUUAGAUUCGACCACUCGAGAAUGGACUGACGGUCUGUUCACGAGCAUACUACGGAAGAUUGUUGAUAACCUUCGCGGUGAAGACUCCAAGCGUCAUUGGAUUGUCUUCGACGGUGAUGUCGAUCCAGAAUGGGUUGAAAAUUUGAACAGUGUACUCGACGAUAAUAAGCUACUCACACUUCCCAAUGGUGAGCGUCUCAAUCUACCCCCUAACGUCCGAAUCAUGUUCGAAGUCGAGACGCUGAAGUAUGCUACUCUGGCAACUGUGAGUCGAUGCGGUAUGGUUUGGUUCAGCGAAGAUACCGUUACGCCAAGCAUGAUGGUCGCCAAUUACCUUGAGAGACUGAGGGCAGUAGCCUUUGAAGACUUGGACGAGGAUGCUGCUGCUGCCGGCCAGAGUCCCGCAAAAACCCUUCAAAUCCAAGGUCAAGUUGCGGAUCUACUACACGCCUAUUUGACUACGGACAACUUCAUCAUUGAUGCCCUCAAGCAGGCGGAAACCUACAAUCAUAUCAUGGAGUUUACUAUCGCCCGUGUACUCUCAACUCUAUUCUCUUUACUAAACAAGUCUGUUCGGGACAUGAUCGAAUACAACGCAGCACAUGUCGAUUUCCCCUUAGAUCCAGAGCAGAUCGAAGCAUAUGUUUCGAAGAAGUUAUUACUUGCUCUAGUCUGGGCGUUGACAGGUGAUUGUCCACUCAAUGAUCGAAAGGCUUUUGGAGACAACGUCGGAGCUCUUGCUAGCUUUGGAUCACCACCUCUUGAUGGUACAAGCUCCCUUAUAGACUUCGAUGUUACUCUUCCUGGGGCCGAGUGGACACCAUGGCAGAAUCAAGUCCCUACAAUCGAGGUCAACACACACUCUAUCACGCAAACAGAUGUCGUCAUUCCCACAUUGGAUACUGUUCGCCACGAAGAUGUGCUCUAUUCUUGGCUCGCAGAACACAAGCCCCUUCUGCUGUGUGGUCCUCCUGGUUCCGGUAAAACAAUGACUCUGUUCAGCGCACUUCGAAAAUUGCCAAAUAUGGAAGUUGUCGGUCUGAACUUUUCUAGUGCCACUACCCCUGAUCUCCUCAUCAAAACUUUUGAGCAGUACUGCGAAUACAAGAAGACACUAAACGGCGUGAUGCUAUCACCAACUCAAAUUGGACGAUGGCUCGUGAUCUUCUGCGACGAGAUCAAUUUACCAGCACCAGACAAGUACGGUACUCAGCGGGCAAUUUCAUUCCUUCGUCAGCUAGUAGAACAUAAUGGUUUCUGGCGAACAUCAGACAAAUCUUGGGUGACACUUGAUCGAAUCCAAUUUGUGGGAGCUUGCAAUCCUCCAACUGAUGCUGGUCGUACGCCUAUGGGCGCCAGAUUCCUUAGACAUGCUCCUCUUAUUAUGGUGGAUUAUCCAGGCGAGUUGUCUCUGCUUCAAAUCUAUGGUACUUUCAACUCUGCUAUUCUCAAAAUCAUUCCGGCGCUUCGUGGAUACUCCGAGCCGCUUACUCAAUCGAUGGUUCGGUUCUACUUGGAGUCGCAGCAACGAUUCACGCCUAAGAUCCAACCUCAUUAUGUCUACAGUCCUCGUGAGUUGACGAGAUGGGUUCGUGGUGUAUACGAGGCCAUCCGUCCAUUGGAAACUCUGUCUAUUGAAGGAUUGAUCCGCAUCUGGGCGCACGAGGCGCUACGACUUUUCCAGGAUCGUCUUGUUGCAGAGGAUGAGCGACAAUGGACUGAUGAAGCUGUGCGACGAAUUGCAUUAGAGUUUUUCCCUACUAUCGAUGAGCAGAAAGCUUUGGGCGGACCAAUUCUGUUCUCCAACUGGCUGUCAAAGAAUUACGUCCCUGUUGACCGAGAACAGUUACGAGACUUCGUCAAGGCCCGCCUGAAGACAUUCUGCGAAGAGGAAGUGGAUGUUCCGCUCAUUUUGUUCAACGAUGUACUUGAACACGUCCUUCGUAUUGAUCGUGUCUUCAGACAACCGCAAGGUCAUCUGAUCUUGAUCGGUGUUAGUGGAAGUGGAAAGACCACACUUUCCAGGUUUGUUGCAUGGAUGAAUGGCCUAAAAGUCUUCCAGAUCAAGGUCCAUGGGAAGUACUCUGCCGAGGACUUUGACGAAGAUCUCCGAGAAGUUCUGCGUCGUUGCGGUUGCAAAGGCGAGAAGAUGUGCUUCAUCAUGGACGAAUCUAAUGUUCUUGACUCGGGUUUCCUAGAGCGCAUGAAUACUCUACUUGCCAACGCUGAAGUUCCUGGUCUCUUUGAAGGAGACGAGUUCGCCUCUCUAAUGACAGCCUGCAAAGAAGGUGCACAACGGCAGGGCCUACUACUGGAUUCUCAAGAAGAGCUCUAUAAGUGGUUCACGCAACAAAUCGUUAAGAACUUGCAUGUCGUCUUCACUAUGAAUCCACCUGAAGAUGGACUAUCCUCGAAGGCUGCUACUAGUCCGGCCUUGUUCAAUCGUUGCGUAUUGAAUUGGUUUGGUGACUGGUCUGACCAAGCGCUCUUCCAAGUUGCUAACGAGUUGACACACUCUAUCGACUUGGACAAGCCUAACUUCUUAGCCCCUGAUUCGAUUCCCGUUGCUUAUCGCGGUCUCAACUUGCCUCCUUCUCACAGAGAAACGAUCGUGAACUCCAUGGUCUACAUCCACUAUUCUCUCCAACAGUUUAAUGCGAAGCUCCAAAAGCAACAGGGCAAGGUCACGUUCCUCACCCCACGUCACUUCCUUGACUUUGUUGCUCAAUAUGUCAAGUUGUAUAAUGAAAAGCGGGAAGAUUUAGAAGAGCAACAGCGCCACUUGAACGUUGGUCUAGACAAACUGAGAGACACGGUCGAGAAAGUCCGCGACUUAAGGGUUAGCUUGGCCGAGAAAAAGACCCAACUUGAAGCAAAAGAUGCCGAAGCCAAUGAGAAAUUGCAACGCAUGGUUGCGGAUCAACGUGAGGCUGAACAGCGCAAGAAUACUUCUCUAGAGAUCCAGGCAGCUCUUGAAAAGCAAGAAGCCGAAGUCGCAUCUCGCCGGGAGGUUGUGUUGAAUGACCUAGCAAGGGCCGAACCGGCCGUCGAAGAAGCAAAGGCUAGUGUCAGCAACAUCAAGCGACAGCACUUGACCGAAGUUCGUUCUAUGGGUUCUCCGCCCCAGGGCGUCCGACUCGCAAUGGAGUCUGUAUGCGCACUACUAGGCCACAAGAUCACGGAGUGGAAGAACGUCCAAGCUAUAGUUCGACAAGAUAAUUUUAUUGCGAGCAUCGUCAACUUCGAUAACGAGAAACAGAUGACCAAAUCCUUACGGACCCUUAUGCGAACCAAAUUCUUAAACCACGUGGAUUUCACAUACGAAAAGGUAAAUCGUGCUAGCAAGGCUUGUGGUCCUCUGGUCCAAUGGGUAGAAGCCCAAGUUAACUAUUCUGAAAUCCUCGACCGAGUCGGCCCUCUGCGGGACGAAGUGGGCCAACUUGAGGAACAAGCUCUUCAGACAAAGGCUGAGGCAAAGGCUGUUGAGAAUACUAUCACUAGUCUAGAGCAGAGCAUCGCAACUUACAAGACCGAAUAUGCAGCCCUCAUCAGUGAGACCCAAGCUAUCAAGGCUGAGAUGUCUCGUGUCCAAUUCAAGGUCGACCGAAGCGUAAGGCUUCUCGAUAGUCUUUCCUCGGAGCGUGUUCGUUGGGAGGAUGGAAGCAAGUCGUUUGAAACACAAAUCAGCACCUUGGUCGGAGAUGUUCUAGUUGCUGCGGCUUUCUUGGCAUACAGUGGUCUCUACGACCAGACCUUCCGAAAAUCAAUGAUGGAAGACUGGUUGCACCAACUUCACCUUUCCGGAAUCAACUUCAAACCCCAUAAUCCCGUCACGGAAUACUUGUCGACUGCGGAUGAACGACUCAGCUGGCAGGAGAAUACCCUACCCGUCGAUGAUCUCUGUACAGAAAACGCUAUUAUUCUCAAGCGCUUUAACCGCUACCCACUUAUUAUCGAUCCCUCAGGCAGGGCUACCGAGUUCCUUCAACGCGAAUGCAAAGAUCGUCGUCUUACUGUGACAAGUUUCUUGGAUGACUCCUUCACUAAGCAGCUAGAAAGUUCUCUCAGAUUCGGCAACCCAAUUCUUAUCCAAGAUGCCGAACAUUUAGACCCUAUCCUCAACCACGUUCUCAACAAGGAGUACCAGAAGACCGGCGGUCGUGUGCUCAUCCAACUCGGCAAGCAGGAAAUUGACUUUUCACCUGCGUUUAAGAUUUAUUUAUCUACAAGAGAUCCAUCGGCGACAUUCCCACCGGAUAUUUGCAGUCGAACCACAUUCGUCAACUUUACAGUUACACAGAGCAGUCUCCAGACUCAGUCCCUUAAUGAUGUUCUGAAGUCUGAGAGACCAGACGUUGACGAGAGAAGAUCCAAUCUCAUCAAGCUUCAAGGCGAAUUCAAGGUUCAUCUUCGACAACUUGAGAAGCGUCUCCUGCAAGCCCUCAACGAAUCUCGUGGUAACAUCCUGGAUGACGACAAUGUCAUCGAGACUCUUGAGACCCUUAAGACCGAAGCCGGCGAGAUUGCGGUUAAGAUGAGUAACACCGAAGGAGUAAUGGCUGAAGUCGAAGAGAUCACAUUGCAGUACAGCAUCAUUGCGCGAUCAUGCAGUGCCGUAUUUGCUGUUCUCGAGCAACUGCAUUAUCUCAACCAUUUCUAUCAGUUCUCUCUGCAAUACUUCCUUGACAUUUUCCAUUCUGUCCUCCACGGUAAUAAGAACCUAGCAGGCGAAAGAGAUUUCAAUAAACGCCGAGAUGUCAUCAUUAAGGACUUGUUCGUGACAACUUUCAAGAGGACUGCCCUAGGUCUCCUCCAGAAGGACCGAAUUGCUCUUGCCAUGCUCCUCGCCCAAGCCUCACCUUACAAGAUGGAUAAGAGCCUGAUCGAUGUGAUCCUCGACGAUCGUAUCGAAGGCAAGGAUCUCUCCACCGAAAUCGACGCCAAGGAUGAGACCUUUAAUCGUGCCAAGAGACUCGCCGUAUUGAAGGAUAAGCUCGACCAAGUACCGGCCAAUGUAUGGGAUGCGUUCUUAUCAGAAGAGCUUGCGGAGAACUUUAUCCCCCAGAUCUGGGACGCAAACACGGAGCCGUUUGAUCAAGGAUUGCUUUCGUUACUUUUAGUCAAACUCUUCCGCCUCGACCGUUUUGUCCCAACUGCGGAAAGAUUCGUAACUUCGGUCUUCGGGGCUGAGCUACUUGACAUUGUGGAUGAUCUCAAAGAAACCAUUAGCCAAGUCCCUUCAACUCGUCCCAUUUCAUUGGUCUCAACCCCUGGUUUUGACGCCAGUUACAAGGUGGACAACUUGGUUGAGCGAAUGCGUGUUAGGUGCACCAAUAUCGCUAUGGGAUCAAAUGAAAGUCUUGCAAGUGCCGACAAAGCAGUUAGCAAUGCAGCGCAGGUUGGGUCUUGGGUUCUCGUCAAGAAUGUUCAUCUUGCGCCUACUUGGUUACAAUCUCUCGAGAAGCGUAUGGAAUCUCUCAACCCACAUUCUGAUUUCAGGCUGUUCCUAUCGAUGGAAUCCAGCCCAAAGAUUCCUGUAAACUUACUACGCGCAUCUCGCGUACUCAUGUACGAACAGCCGGCCGGUGUGCGUGCCAAUAUGAAGGACUCGAUGUCCUCUCUAUCCAACCGAGCUACCAAGAGCCCCGUGGAGCGCAGCAGGCUUUACUUGCUUCUCUCUUUCUUACAUGCAGUGGUACAAGAACGUCUACGAUACGCACCAAAUCUAGGAUGGAAGGGCUUCUGGGAGUUUAACGACAGCGAUUACGAAUGUUCAGCCUUCAUUGUCGAUACAUGGAUCGAGUCCGUGGCACAAAGCCGUACCAACAUUAAUCCGCAAAACAUCCCCUGGGAUAUGAUCCGCUACCUAGUCCGUGAGACUUACGGUGGUAAGAUUGAUGAUGAAGGCGAUUUCAAACGCCUUACAGAAUUAGUGGAUCAAUCCCUUACACCAUCCGCUUUCGACAUUGGUCAUAAAUUAGUCGAGGGAUCUGAGAAGGAUGGACAAGAGACGAGCCUCGUAGUACCCUCGGGUACUUCACUGGAAGAGUUCAUGGGGUGGAUCCAGAAACUCCCCGAGCGCGAGCCGCCAACUUAUCUUGGACUGCCCGCAAACGCAGAGAAGCUACUUUUGGUCGGACUUGGCAGGAGUCUAAUACAAAACCUGAAGAAAGUGACGGAAUUAUUAGACGAGGGAGAGCAGCUUAUGGCUGAGGCUUAGGUGCAAUAUGUAAAUCUGUGGAUGUUGAUUUCUUGGAGUGUUUGAUCGUUGGUCCGCAAGUUUCUUCGAGAUUACAGCCCUUCAUACCCGAUACCCCUAUUCAGUUUUAGAUUACUAUCAGUUUUUCUUCUUUGUGGAAGGCAUGUGUAUUAGCUAUUAGCUAUUAGUUACAUUAUGCUAAGAAAUCAGAUUGAGCAAAUGAAAUUCAUAAUCAUAAUCCUUCUAACUUUCGCACUCGCAGUUCACAAGUGAGCACAAUAUAGAGGAAUAUUACUUUUUGUAUUAG